AUGAUGAAUGUUGAUAGAUAACAUCGAACUGUCACGCCUAAUAGAUUACCACCAAGUGUUCAAGAAAUAAGAAAUAAGAAUCAGCCUGUUAAACAGAUUGAAGAACCUAUAAUCACUGAAGAAGAUGAUAAUUCUCAAGUUAACAGAGUUCCUCUCGCAAAUUCUAAGUUAUCCAAUUUCCAGUAAACUAAUACAAACCCAUACCAAUAACGUAAAUUUGAUGGUAACUCUAAUUCAAAUGGGACUGAAAAAGCAGUAUAUCCAUUGAAUUUAUCAAAUAAUUAAAACUUGUAGCAUAAUUAGAAUAAAUAGUAGAAUUAAAAAAAAUCUCAAGUACGAGCACUCUUGGAGAAAAUUUAACCUGUUAAGAAAGAAUAUAAGCUAAAUUCUAACUAAAUUCAGUUUAUUACGAGGGAUAGAUCAGGUAAUAUUUUAGUUUGUGGGUAUGAUAAAAAACUAAUAGUAUACAAAGAUAACCUUUUGGAAAUUGAUUCUACUUUUACUUUAGAGGAUUAGGCUAGAUGCUGUUUAUCGUAUCUCAAUUAUACUCUAAUAGGUUUGUGGAAUGGAAAAAUAAAUAUUUAUGAUGGCACCUACAGAUAUUCUGAUUCGAGAGCAAUGUUUUCAAGAUAGGUUAAGUCUAUCCCAAACAAAUUGAUAGGUGUUUAAGGUCUUUAAGAUAUUAAUGGUGUUUAUAACUAAUUCAUAAUUUGUGGACAGUCAGAAGGAUAGAUUGAAAUAUUUGACAUCAAUAAAGAAUUCACAUAAAAAGUUAUUUCAAAGAAUAGUGAAUGCUCAGUACUAGAUCUAUGCUAUGUAAAAAAUGGAGAUGAAGAUAAUUUAUUUGUGUGCCGCUAUUAAGAGGGUCUCCAUUUGUUUAGAACAAUUGAGAAUAACAGUCCUCUAAGUCUUAGACACACUGAGGAACUGUUGAGAGAAAGAGCAUUUAGUUCAAUAAUCCAAAUAAAUGAAACAGAACUUCUUCUUGCAUGUUCAGACUUUGGUGAUAAGUAAAAUGCUCAUCUUUUGAUAUAUUCUUUUACUUAGCAGAGUGUGACCAAAGAUAUCACUCUUUAGAGUUCUAAUUCAAUAAUUCAGUCAAUUCAACUUGUGGAAAUGAACGAGAAUUUAGCUCAUAAAUAUGUGUUGUUGAGAUCAAUAGAGAAUUUAUACCUAUUCAACACAGUUGAUAGAAAAGAAAAGUUGAUCAUACCAAUGUAAAUCUAGUCAUUUUAUCCAAACCAUGAUUCAAUGAAAACCUUUUCAUCUUCUUCUGGUGAUACACUUUACAUACUAUUUCUUGAUAUCAUUAAGGAAAUGUACGAACGCAAUAAAUUGACAUGUAUCAGAGAGUAUGCUUAUCAAUUAAUACCUUGA